AUGCUUCUCCCCAGGUUACACACCAUGCCGCUGCGGCCGGCAAUGCGCGCCAGCUCGCAGUGGCGGUCGUUGAGGGCUCUCUCCUCGACCGCCGCCCGCCGCGCCGAUGAAGGCCUCAACAAGGUCAGCCGUGGCAUCACCCAGCCCAAGUCGCAGGGUGCCUCGCAAGCCAUGCUCUACGCCACCGGCCUGAAGGAGGAGGACAUGAACAAGGCCCAGGUCGGCAUUUCGUCCGUCUGGUACACCGGCAACCCGUGCAACAUGCACCUGAUGGACCUCAACAACAAGAUCAAGGAGGGUGUGCAGCGUGCUGGCCUCUGGGGCAUGCAGUUCAACACCAUUGGUGUCAGUGACGGUAUUUCCAUGGGUACCAAGGGCAUGAGGUUCUCGCUCCAGUCGCGCGACCUGAUUGCCGACUCCAUUGAGACCGUCAUGAACGCUCAAUGGUACGAUGCCAACAUCUCGGUUCCUGGUUGCGAUAAGAACAUGCCUGGUGUCUUGAUGGCCAUGGGUCGUGUCAACAGGCCCUCGCUCAUGGUCUACGGCGGCACUAUUGCCGCCGGCUGCGGAAAGCUUCCCGCGCACCCUAAGCUCGACCUUGUCUCCGCAUUCCAGGCCUAUGGUCAGUUCAUCACCGGUGAAAUCAACGAGGACGAGCGCUUUGAUAUCAUCCGCCACGCUUGCCCCGGCAGCGGCGCUUGCGGUGGCAUGUACACCGCCAACACCAUGGCCAGCGCCAUCGAGGUCAUGGGUAUGACUCUGCCCGGCUCUUCGUCCAACCCGGCCGAGUCCAACGCCAAGGUCCUCGAAUGUUUGGCCGCCGGCGGUGCCAUUAAGAACCUGUUGAAGGAAGACAUCCGCCCCCGUGACAUUCUUACUCGGCAAGCGUUCGAGAACGCCAUGGUUCUUGUCACCAUCACCGGUGGCUCGACCAAUGCCGUUCUCCACUUGAUUGCCAUCGCCGACUCGGUUGGUAUUAAGCUCACCAUCGACGACUUCCAGGCCGUCAGUGAUCGCACUCCUUUCCUCGCGGACCUGAAGCCGUCUGGAAAGUACGUCUUCGCCGACCUGUUCGAUAUCGGCGGUACGCCCGCUCUCGUCAAGUUCUUGCUCAAGGAAGGCCUCCUGGACGGUAACCAGAUGACCGUCACGGGCAAGACUCUGAAGGAGAACGUGGAGAAGGCACCCGACUUCCCCAAGGAGCAGCAGAUCUUCCGUCCCCUGAGCAACCCCAUCAAGGAGACGGGUCACUUGCAGAUUCUGCGCGGCAGCCUGGCGCCUGGUGGCUGCGUUGGCAAGAUCACCGGUAAGGAGGGUCUGCGGUUCGUCGGAAACGCCAAGUGCUACGAUGAUGAGGAUCUCUUCAUUGAGGCGUUGGAGAAGGGCGAGAUCAAGAAGGGUGAGAAGACUGUCGUGGUCAUCCGGUACGAGGGUCCCAAGGGCGGUCCGGGCAUGCCGGAGAUGUUGAAGCCUAGCUCUGCCAUUAUGGGGGCGGGACUGGGCCACGACGUCGCGCUCAUCACAGACGGGCGCUUCAGCGGUGGCAGUCACGGCUUCCUGAUCGGCCACAUUGUGCCCGAGGCGCAGGUCGGUGGACCCAUCGCUCUCGUGAAGGACGGUGACGAGAUUUCCAUCGACGCCGAGACGAAUGAGAUGAAUCUGCACGUUGGCGAGGAGGAGCUGGCGAAGCGCAGGGCGGCGUGGGUUGCGCCGCCGCUCAAGUACUCGAAGGGCACGCUGUCCAAGUACGCCAAGCUGGUGAAGGACGCCAGCCAGGGGUGCAUCACGGACGCGGAAGACAUUCCCGUCUCUGUUUAG